CUGCAGCCAAGAUGGCGCUGGCGGCGUCGGCGGCGGCCUGAGCGUCAUGCUCCGGGCUCUCGGCGGCGGCUGCGGCGGCUGCGGCCCUCGGCCAGGGCCUCGAGUCUCUCCCGAGAGUGAGCGCUCCGGCGCCUCUCCCCCGGCCCGGUGAGGCGGGCCCGAGAGGAGACCGCCGUGAAGAGAGGAGGCUGUGAGGAGGAACAGCGAGAGAGCGGCGGCUCGAGCCCGGCGGGCACCAUGGCUGGGAUCAUCAAGAAACAGAUCCUGAAGCACCUCUCCAGAUUUACCAAAAACUUAUCUCCUGACAAAAUAAAUCUAAGCACCCUGAAAGGAGAAGGUGAGCUGAAGAACCUGGAGCUGGAUGAGGAGGUGCUCCAGAACAUGCUGGAUUUGCCCACGUGGCUGGCUAUCAACAGAGUGUUCUGUAACAAAGCGUCCAUCAGGAUUCCAUGGACAAAACUGAAAACACAUCCCAUCUGUUUGUCUCUAGAUAAAGUCGUAAUGGAAAUGAGUGCGUGUGAAGAACCGCGAGCCCCCAACGGUCCAUCACCGAUUGCAACUGCUUCAGGACAGAGUGAAUAUGGCUUUGCUGAAAAAGUUGUGGAGGGAAUUACUGUUUCUGUGAAUUCUAUUGUCAUCAGAAUUGGAGCAAAAGCUUUCAAUGCCUCCUUCGAACUGUCUCAGCUCCGAAUCUAUAGUGUCAAUGCUCACUGGGAACAUGCAGACUUGAGGUUUACUCGGAUCCAAGAUCCACAAAGAGGAGAGGUUCUGACAUUUAAAGAAAUAAAUUGGCAGAUGAUUCGAAUUGAAGCAGAUGCCACCCAAAGUUCACAUCUUGAAAUUAUGUGUGCUCCUGUUCGAUUAAUAACUAACCAGUCAAAAAUCAGAGUCACCCUUAAAAGAAGAUUGAAAGACUGCAAUGUCAUUGCAACGAAAUUAGUUCUAAUACUGGAUGACUUGUUAUGGGUUUUAACGGAUUCCCAGUUGAAGGCUAUGGUGCAGUAUGCAAAGUCUCUUAGUGAAGCAAUAGAAAAAUCAACAGAACAAAGGAAGAGUAUGGCUCCUGAACCUACACAGAGCUCUACUGCAGCCUCAUCCAGCCAGCACGUGAAGACCCCACAGGCUGCCAAUGCUCCUGAUCUCAAUGAUGCAAUUGUCAAAUUCUUCAAUGACUUUGAUGUUAAGGAAACCUCCCACCAUCUAGUGAUUUCUCAUCUAGAUCUACACAUCUGUGAUGAUAUUCAUGCGAAAGAAAAAGAGUCCAACAGACGUAUUAGUGGAGGUGCUAUGCAGCUCUCCUUCACACAGCUGACCAUAGACUAUUAUCCUUAUCAUAAAGCAGGAGAUAGUUGUAAUCAUUGGAUGUAUUUCAGUGAUGCAACCAAAACAAAGAAUGGAUGGGCUAACGAGUUGUUACAUGAAUUUGAAUGCAACGUUGAAAUGCUUAAACAGGCUAUGAAGGAUCAUAAUGUAGGUUCACCUCCUAAAUCCCCAACAUAUGCCUCUCCCCAGCACACACAAACAGAGAAAGAGUCCACUCUGAAAGGGACUCCUAAAGCACCACCAGUGUUAUCUCAGCCAUCAAAAGCUAAGCUGAUGUCCAGCUCUGUUGUCGUUAGACUUGCAGAUUUCAAUAUAUACCAGGUCUCUACAGCAGAGCAAUGUCGUUCUUCCCCCAAAAGUAUGAUUUCCUGCAACAAAAAAUCCCUGUAUCUUCCACAAGAAAUGUCAGCUAUCUAUAUAGAGUUCACAGAAUAUUACUAUCCAGAUGGGAAAGAUUUUCCAAUUCCAUCUCCCAACCUUUAUAGCCAGCUGAAUGCUCUACAGUUUACUGUAGAUGAAAGAAGCAUUCUAUGGUUAAACCAGUUUCUACUAGAUUUAAAGCAGAGUCUUAAUCAGUUCAUGGCUGUGUACAAGUUGAAUGACAAUUCAAAAUCUGAUGAGCACGUUGAUAUUCGAGUUGAUGGCUUAAUGCUAAAGUUUGUCAUCCCUUCUGAAGUGAAAGCAGGCUGCCAUCAAGAUCAGCCCCACACGGUGUCUAUCCAGAGCUCCGAAAUGACCGCCACCAACACCAGGCACUGUCCCCACUGCCGCCACUCGGAUCUCGAGGCCUUGUUUCAAGACUUCAAAGACUGCGACUUCUUUAGCAAAACCUACACUAGAUUCCCCAAGUCCUGUGACAGUUUUAAUCUUCUUCAUCCGAUCUUCCAGAGACAUGCUCACGAACAAGACACCAAAAUGCAUGAAGUUUAUAAAGGGAAUAUCAUUCCUAAGUUGAAUAAAAACACUCUGAAAACGUCUGCUGCCACCGAUGUGUGGGCAGUGUACUUCUCCCAGUUUUGGAUAGACUAUGAAGGGAUGAAAAGCGGAAAGGGGCGGCCAAUAAGCUUCGUAGACUCCUUCCCUCUGUCUAUCUGGAUUUGCCAACCAACGAGAUAUGCCGAGUUACAGAAGGAGCUCCAGACUUGUGAGCAAGUGUCUCUGAAUUCCUCACAAAGUGAAUCCAGUGACCUGGCUGGCCGAAUGAAGCGGAAGAAGCUCUUGAAGGAGUACUACAGUACGGAGUCGGAGCCUCUGACAAACGGUGGUCAUAGACCCGCGUCAGAAACAUGUUUAAGGGUUUCCUCUUCGUCUUCAGAUGCGGAUGUUCACGUCCUGGUCCGCGUUCAUAAACAUGUCAGCAUGCAGAUCAAUCACUACCAAUAUCUGCUGCUGCUUUUCAUACACGAGUCGCUGGUUCUGCUUUCGGACACCCUACGGAAGGAUGUGGAAGCUGUGACUGGCAGCCCUGCUUCUCAGACUUCCGUCUGCAUUGGGGUUCUGCUUAGGAGUGCCGAGCUUGCCCUGCUGCUGCAUCCCGUGGACCACGCAAGCACGCUGCGCUCUCCCGCUUCUGAAGGUGUGAGCCCGCUGCUCCCCGACUACCUGCCCUCCGAAAAUGGGGGGUUUUUGUCUUCAAGGAGAAAACAAGGCGGUAGCAGUGUCCAUCGAAUCAGAAACGCUACUCUGAAUCACAUGUCCGACAACAGGUCGAUGAGUGUUGACCUUAGCCAUGUCCCCAUAAAGGAUCCUCUGCUCUUUAAAUCAGCCAGUGACACAAACCUGCAAACAGGCACUUCGUUUCUGGACUACAUAUCAGACAAACAUUUAGGGAAGAUAAGUGAAGAUGAAAGCAGUGGACUCGUUUACAAGAGUGACUCAGGAGAAGUGAUGUCAGAAGUGAGUCCCGGAAAGGACGUGUCCGGCACAGACUCGGAUAGCAUCUUGAACUACAGAGAUGACUCACAUGUGCUUUCCCUGAAUAACGACGGUAGUCAAAGUGCACCUUCAAAUGCUUUAGCUGGUAAAGGAAGUGAAGCGGUAGAGUCAAUUUUCAGAGCUGAAGAUCUCCUUCCUGAAGGGGCUUCCCUCCCUGAGAACCUGGAGAACAGUAAAGAGGAGGUGCCCACCACCAGAGCACUUAAGUCCCAGUCCUCUUUAAGUGUAAAAGCUAAGGAACGUUGCCCAGCCACCCCAGCUCCACUGUCUGUUUCUUACAAGAACAUGAAAAGGAGCGCCUCCCAGGUCUCCCUGGACACCAUUUCACUGGACAGCAUGAUGCUAGAAGAGCAGCUGGAGAGUGAUGGAAGUGAUAGCCAUGUGUUGUUGGGAAAAGCAAUUAAAAGGAACUCAAAUACAAAUGGCCAGAGCCCAGCAGAGAGUGUGAACACCAGUGCAAAUGUGCAGAGUGGUGGGGAAGCCUCUCCAGACGCUGUCAGUACCAACUCAGAGGGCGCUCCGGAGAGCCGCGAUGACCUGAUGUCAGUUGUGGUGUUUAAAAUCACUGGCAUUAAUGGGGAGAUUGACAUCAGAGGAGAAGACACCGAAAUCUGUCUUCAAGUGAACCAGGUGACGCCGAGUCAGUUAGGCAACAUUAGUCUGCGGCAUUACCUUGGAAAUCGUCCAAUUGGUUCUGACCACAAUGCUGUAGUUCAUCCCAAAUCCUCUCCUGAGAUUUCGCUGAGGUUUGAAAGUGGGCCUGGUGCUGUAAUACACUCACUGCUUGCAGAAAAAAAUGGGUUUCUCCAAUGCCACAUAGAGAACUUCAGUACUGAGUUCCUAACCUCUUCUCUUUUGAAUAUUCAACAUUUUUUGGAGGAUGAAACUGUUGCAACUGUAAUGCCAAUGAAGAUACAAGUUUCUAAUACAAAGAUAAAUUUAAAAGAUGACAGUCCCCGGAGUAACACAGUGUCCCUUCAGCCCAGUCCUGUGACCCUGCAUAUUGACCAUCUUGUGGUGGAGAGGGAUGAUGACGGCUCUUUCCACAUCAGAGAUUCUCACAUGUUUAACACUGGAGCUGAUUUCCAAGACAAUGCCAACAGUGAUUCAGUGGUGCUGACCAGUGGGAAGUGUGAUGUGAGGAAGCAACACAGUGUCACCCAGGCCACUCAGACAAGCCCAGAGAUCCUUUGGCCUUCUCAAUCCGUCAGCUGUCCUGAAUGCUCUUUUGACUUUACAAGGAAACAGCUCAUGGAGGAGAACGAGUCUCUUAAGCAGGAGCUGGCGCAAGCCAAAACGGCGCUGGCGGAGGCGCACUCGGCCCGAGAUGCCCUCCUCCACCAAAUGAAGAGGAUGGCCCUUGAGUAGCUCGAGUGGCCACGAGAACUCGGACUGCAGCUCUGGAGUAGGACGGUUGUGUUUAAAACACGGAUGUAACCAGUUAGGGGGAGAUUUUCCUUUCCAUGAAAAUAAAGCGAAACAGUACGGUGGAGUGAUGAGUGUUCCAAAGCCGGUUAGAAAACAUGGGGUGCGAGCGGUCGGUCAGCUGCUGGGGUCCCAGCGAAGGCAGCACACACUGUAAGACAGUGAGGAGCUGUCAGGUCCUCAUUUCACUGUCUCCUUAGAAACAUUUGAAAAAGAAAAACGAAGACCUGUUGUGCUCAUACAGAUUGCUGCAUUUAUUUCACUGUUAAUAAUUUACUGUUAUUUACAAAAAAAUCAGAUGCUUUUAGGGCUAAUGUAAAAGAAGGCUUACAUUUUAAAUGUUAUUAAAAUUAUGUGCGUAAAUCUAUAUUUAAUUGCUGUAAAAAGUCCAAUCAGAUUAAUAAAUUAUAUAAUUACUGAGUUUACAAACUGAAAACUAUUGACCCUACUGAGUUUAUAAAGUAACUUGAAAAUGUGAAAAGAAAGGCACCUUAAAUGAUGGGGAGGUUUCAAUAAGGUACAAAUGUAAAAAUAAAAAGCACAAAUAUUAGAGUAUGUGGGCAAGUGACUUAAAAGCAUUACUUGUACAUUCCAUUAAAUGUUUAUCAUUAGAAGUAAAAAAAAAUUUUCUUGCUAUAUUUGGCAGUAUUUGUAACUAUAAAAAUUUCAAUUAAUACUAUUUUAAUAUUUCUUUAUCUUUCCUCUUUAAGGAGAAUGUUUUCAGAGAAUUUUUUUCACACACAUAAAACAGUUUCCUACCAUUCCUGUAGUAUCAUAUUACACACGUGUUUGCUCAUAUGAAAAUAUAAAGCUAGUUUUGAUUAAAUUUCUGUGAUGUGUGUCUGUGUGUGUUUACAUGUGUGCACACACACAUACAAACUCACGGUGUUCUAUAAGAGUAAUUGGUAAAUUUUGAAUUCUAUUUUCUGGGGGUUAAGGUUGAAAACAACAUGAGAGAAUCUUAAUUAUGCAUUAUGAAAUAAAAGUACAUGAGUAUUUUAAGAAACAGGUUUUUGAAGACAAUAUAUUUCUGAUAAAGUAAGUGGUGUUUAUUUUAAGUCUCACAUUCCUAAAUAUAAAUAUAUCUAAGAUAGGCCAUGAUACAGCUGGACUGUUCUUUCUUAAAGGUACUUGGGAACCCUGGCCCUUGCUGUGACACUUGUGGUGCUUUGCUGUGGGCACGACUUACAGCCAUCCCUGUAUCUGAGGACUUGGCAGAAACUACAUACUUUCUUACAUUACGUGUCAGAGUGAUUUCAAUUUUAUUACGAGCAUUAUUUCCUCUCGCCUUCCCCAUAUCAUUCUUUUCAGUUGACAUCAUUUAGAAAUACGGGCACUGUUUGGGAGCCAACGUCCAGCCAAGAACAAAUUAAGUUGUUACUAUCUUACCUCAGUAUUUACGACAUCACGGGACACUAUGUUACUCUAAACUGUAUGUAGCCUUAGAUUAAGUGCAAAGGUCUAAUUAGAGCUUUGGAAUGUAUAGCUUGCUAACCUUUGAUUUCUAGGUAUGUAUUCAGCAAAAACAGACUCAUACAGGAGGAUGGAUGGGACAUGAACUUCUGAGCUGACACUGUUUCUCAGGAUUGACCUAUUCUAUAUAAAUAUACAUUUUUCUAUGGUACAAUAUUAUGUUGUUUAAUGUUACUAGACACUGAAUGUUUUCCUUAUUCCUUUAAAAUGUAUUUGGCCUUCCCAAGAAAUCAUAUAAAUAACAGAGAUGAUAAUAUUCUGAGCAUUCCAAA